AUGGACAUAGCCAAGCCCACGAUCACUGUUGGUCUCGUGACCAAUAGCUACAACACCCCUUCCAUCAACCUCACGAAGAGGAGAAUUUCCUUCUCCUCUCGAAGCCUGCGCACAGUUGUCGAACAUCUUCCCUCUGUUAAUUUGCGACGUUUACGAUUCGAGAAAUAUAUAUUUCUUUCUUUUAUUUUCGCUGUCAAUCUCAUCAUUAUCUAUCUUUCCAGGUCGUUUUCGAGGUUUUACUGGUUUUUACUUCCAAUAACUAUUCACCGACCGCUUCUGGAUUGCUUGGAGAUCUUAGCGAUCAUAAUUUUAUAUGCGUUUAGGCGAGCAAACCCGCGCAUGCCAGAAGUUCCACAAACGCUGGAAAACCUAGCCUAUCUGCUUCCUUGUUACAACGAAACUUAUGAAGAGUUAAGAAACUCUUUAAACUCGCUUGCUGAGCAGAAACAUCUCAACGCGCAUAACAAGGUCAUCAUCAUCAUCUGCGAUGGCCGAUUCAGGGGAAGAGGUAUGACAAAGACCACGGCGGAGUACCUAACAGAAAACAUUGUUGAGCAUCCCUCUUGCACCCCCCUCCAGGAUGCUUACACGUCCUGGGAUGGUACCCAAAUGGAUGUCGAGAUCGUGCAAGGCCGGUUCCGAAGCCUUCCCGUCUUUUGCAUCAUCAAAGAAGAAAAUCGAGGCAAAAGAGACAGCCUGAUUCUUGUUCGAUCAUGCCUCCACAAGUUCAAUCAGCGCAAUUUGGACUCUCCAUUAGGCAUUUUUUCGCUUGGUUUCUUCACGAAAUUCUGUAAUUUUCUCAUCCAAGCUUCGAUGCCUUCCGUUGAAUAUGUUGUUGGCAUGGACGCAGACACUCGAUUUGACGCAGAGUGUACGUUCAAUCUUAUGCAAAUUGCAAGAGAAGGCAACCAGGUUGUUGGAGUAACAGGCCAGAUUCUCGUGGACUUGACGACAUCUAAGCCAUUUUCCAUUGCGCAUUUGUAUCAGAACGCAGAAUACGCCAUUGGUCAGCACCGUCGCCGACUCCGCCAGAAUCUUACGAGUCACAAAGUCACUUGCCUUCCAGGAUGCUGUCAGCUUCUUCGAGUCGUUGAGAGUACUUGCGGAGACGAGAUACUCCGUCAAUUUGGAUAUCACCCAAACAACAAGGAUGGUCUCUUUCGAACGAUUCGAUCCAUGAUGAGUGAGGAUAGAGACCAUGUCUGCCUGGUUCUACGCGAAAACGCUGAUGUGGAAACUCGCCAAUGUCUUUCUGCUCUGGCAUACACUUCCGUCCCGCAAUCCUUUUCCGUAUUCCUCAGCCAACGCCGUCGGUGGACCCUGGGCCCCGUUACAAGCGACGUUCUCCUCGCAACUCGAAAAUCGACUGGCUACAUUGAAAGAAUCGCUGCAACCUCAUCAGUGAUAAGCUGGAGUGUUACACUGUCUCAUUCGCUUUGCUUUCUCUUCAGGGAAAACUUAGAUGUACGUACCGGCUUCAUAUUAUUCAUGCUGGGAAGAUUCCGCAAUAUCUGGGACAUAUUGGUUGUCUUCAAAUCUUCGAAAUCAUUGACUGAGGUUGUACAAUGCCUCAUUGGUGUUGUUAUGUGCAGUACCGUCGGCCAGACAGUGACUGUGAUUAUACAUCUAUAUUCGUUAUAUCAUCUUGAUGACUUUAGAUGGGGUAAGACUCGAGUUACUAUUAGCGAUAACUAA